AUGUCGACAACUGCCUCCCCUAUCGCGAGUCAUCGUGUCGAGCAGAAGGCGAAGUCCAAGCCAAAAUCUGCCGCCGUGGUGCGCUAUCCGUUCUGGUUUGGUGGAAGUGCAGCCUCAAUGGCUGCGGUAGUGACACAUCCUUUGGAUCUAGUCAAGGUCCGUCUGCAGACUCGACUGCCACAAGCCCCGAAAUCCAUGCUUGGAACCUUCGCAUACGUCUUCCGAAACGAAGGCGUCCUCGGUCUCUAUGCUGGCUUAUCCGCCGCCCUCCUCAGACAGUUGACCUACUCAACUGUGCGAUUCGGGGUAUACGAAGAUCUAAAAGCGCGAUUCGCACCGCAUCCCACAUCCGAAAACCCCAAGCCGAAACCAUCCCUUCUGGCUUUGAUCCUGAUGUCUAGCACAGCCGGAUUUCUGGGCGGUGUUGCGGGAAAUCCCGGUGACGUGCUGAACGUGCGCAUGCAGUCUGAUGCCUCGAAGCCACCCGAGGCGCAGCGGAACUACAGGCACGCACUGGACGGGCUGAUACGGAUGAUCCGCGAAGAAGGGCCCGUGAGCCUGUUCCGCGGCGUAGAGGCCAACUCCACGCGAGCCUUGCUGAUGACGGCGUCACAACUCGCCAGCUAUGACGUCUUCAAACAGGCCUGCCUGAACAAGCUGGGCAUGUUAGACAACUUUUUGACGCACUUUGCCAGCUCGCUGGCCGCUGGGUUUGUGGCGACUACCAUUUGUUCGCCCGUCGAUGUGAUCAAGACGCGCAUCAUGAGCGCGGGCGGCAAGAUCCCGAUUCUCAGCCUCCUGUCCGAGGCAAGUCGAAAAGAAGGCCUGCUGUGGAUGUUCCGUGGCUGGGUGCCGAGUUUCAUUCGGCUAGGUCCUCAGACCAUUUGUACCAUGGUGUUUUUCGAACAGCAUAAAAAACUGUACAGACGGUGGAAGGGGAUUGAUAGCUAA